UGAGCAAAACUGUUUGUCAGAUUCUAGGAAUGUAAAAUUUGGAGAAUAUCAGUCUCAAAAUGCUAAAACCAAUCCGUAUUUCUCAUUUGAAAUUUGUAAAAAGAUUUGUUCUCAGUGUUACAUCUGAGACGACACAAAACGCUUCUGUAACAACAUUAAGCGGCUCUCAGAAGUUUAAAAGUAGUUUCAAAAUUAUUGAGGACAACACUCUUGAUGUGGAUGAUACAGAAAGAAACAGGAACAAGUACAAGUUGCUGUUAGAACAAUAUUCUAAACAUGUUGAUCUUGCAAAAUCGGGAGGCGGAGAAAAAGCAGUUGAAAGACAUACUGUGAAACAAAAGAAAUUGCUAGUUACAGACAGACUCCGUUUGCUUCUAGAUGAUGUAAACGAUUUUCUAGAAUUGGCAUUGUCAGCAGGACUGGGGAUGCCUUAUGGGGAUGUUCCUCGUGCAGGAAUAAUAACUGGUAUUGGCAGAAUUCAUGGAAAAUUGUGUAUGAUCAUAGCCAAUGAUGCUACUGUAAAAGGAGGAACAAUAUAUCCUGUUGCUCUUAAGAAGCAAUUACGAGCACAGGAAAUAGCAGAGCAAAAUCAUCUACCUACCUAUUAUGUAGUUGAGUCAGGUGGAGCAUUCCUACCUCUACAGUCAGAAAUUUUUUUACCAGGGGGAAGAACAUUUUAUAAUGAAGCAGUAAUGUCUUCACAAGGAAUACCUCAAUUGGCAAUAGUUUGUGGAAAUUGCACAGCUGGGGGAGCAUACAUACCUACAAUGGCAGACGAAGUUGUGAUGAUUCACAAACAUGGCACUAUUUUCCUUGGUGGUCCUCCACUAGUCAAGGCUGCAACUGGAGAAGUUAUCAGUGCAGAAGAACUAGGAGGGGCUACACUACACUGCAGUGUGAGUGGCUGUACAGACUAUUUUGCAAAGGAUGAACCUGAGGCCUUUGAAAUGGGACGAAACAUUGCAGAAAUACUCCCCUCCCAUAGUUCAUGUACGUCUGAUUCCGAUCCACCACUGUAUGAUGCAGAUGACAUUCCAGGCCUUAUUUCUCCAGAAAAUAACAUUAAUAUUUACCAGAUCAUUUCAAGAAUCACUGAUGGAAGCAGAUUUAGCGAGUUUAAGAAAAUGUUUGGUCCUUCACUUGUCACUGGAUUUGGUUAUAUUCAUGGGUGUCUUGUUGGAAUUGUGGGAAACAAUGGUCCACUCUUUGAGCAUUGUGCAGACAAGGGAGCUCACUUUGUUCAGCUGUGUUGUGAACGAGACAUACCAAUGAUAUUUCUACAGAAUACUCAGGAAAAAUCUGACAAUCAAACCACAGGUGAAAUGUAUGGUAAUCAGCUGAGGGCCCAUGCCAAAAUGUUAUCUGCAAUUAGCUGUGCAAAUGUUCCUAUUAUAUCUUUCAUCAUUGGCAAUGCUAUUGGACCAACAAGUUAUGUCAUGGCAAACAGAUCUAUGAGUCCCAGCUUUCUGUUUUGCUGGCCUAAUGCUGUUGUCUGCAUGGAGAAUCCUGAUAAACUUACACAAGACUUGAUAGAGGAAGCUCACUCUGUUAAAGGGAAAGAUUUGGAUAUGUCUAGCAUCUCACAAAAAGUCAACAUGGAGAGCUCCUCAUUUUACGCUGCCUCGAGAGUGUGGAAUGAUGGGAUAGUUCUGCCACAGGACACAAGAAAGGUCAUUAGACAGUCCUUAGAAGCUGUAAAUGCUUACAGACACAGAACUCAACCUAAAGCUCAAAUCAUUAGAAUGUAAUAGUACAAGCUAGCUGUGAUUUAUACAUCAUUUUCAUGUCUACAACAGUUGUGAAUCUAGAGAGAUGUAAACAUUAACAAAAUUAAUGUAGGAAUCAUUAAAAAAUUCAUCUGUAAAACAUGUGAUUAUUUUAUAUUUAAACAAGUACUUUUAUACAUAUAUAUAAAAUCCAAGAACCUGA